AUGUUUCGACAGGUUGAGAUCAAUCCCUUGCAUCGUAAAUGGCAACGCAUCUUGUGGCGGGAAUCUCCAGUCGAACCACUACGUAUCUUCGAGUUGGCUACAGUAACGUUUGGAAUGACAAGCAGUCCAUACAAUGCGAUUCGCUCCUUACGCCAAUGUGCUGUAGAUAACUACAACAUUGUGGAGGACGAAAACCGGGCUUUUACGGCAAGGAACAGUAUCCUUGAUGAAUUUUACGUCGACGAUUAUUUGGAAAGUUUUGACUCUCUGUUGGAAGCUGUUAGUUGCGCUCAUGAUGUCGAUGUGAUCCUUCGUCAAGGUCAGUUCAUUCUUGGUAAAUGGAAUUUGAACUGCGCCAAAGCUCUUCAUGCUAUCGCUGAACCAGAGAAAUCUGAAGCAGAAAUUGAACUAUGCGAUUCCAACGCCACUGUGUUAGGCUUACAUUGGAAUCCGUUGAGCGAUGACCUCUUUUUUAAGGUGAGAAUUGAAGACUGACAUACACUACCAACAAAGCGCAGUAUCUUAAGUAACGUUGCAAGGCUGUAUGACCCGAUUGGUAUACUAGCGCCAACUGUAGUUCUGGCCAAAAUAUUUAUUCAAACCCUGUGGAGGAAGGAUCUUAACUGGGACACUCCACUAUCUGUAGAGUUACAAGACCAGUGGCUCGAAUUUCGAAAUGGUCUUGAAGAACUAGCGCGAAUCCGUGUACCGCGUUGGUUAGGCAUGUCACCUCAUGCAUUUUGUACACUUCAUGGCUUCUGUGACGCUAGUUCGAAGGCGUAUGCUGCGGUUAUUUACGUGAAUAGUGGCGCACAAGGAGAUUAUUCGAAUAUGGCACUUGUUACUGCAAAAACCAAGGUGGCACCUGUGAAAGAGAUUACUAUACCACGCUUAGAACUUUGUGCUGCCCACAUGCUGGUAGUCACUCUACGGCGCUCCGUUUAAACAACGUCCCUUACACACUCUGGACUGAUUCAACUAUCGUUUUACAUUGGAUUCAUAAACAACUUUCAGUUUUGAAACAGUUCGUUGUUAAUCGAGUUGCAUACAUCCAGGCCCACACCAAGGUAGAAUGGUGGCGACACAUUCGCUCCGAGUACAAUCCGGCCGAUUGUGCAAUUCGAGGAAUUACGCCUGCAAGCCUUCUGCAUCAUCCGCUAUGGUGGACAGGUCCACCAUCUCGUUAUAUAUGCAUCGAAAACGAUCCAGUUGUGCCAGAACUAACGGAGGAGCAACUCCAGGCACAGACUCUAGAAUGUCAACCUUUACGUACUCUUAUAACCACUCGCCAAGAUGAUCACCAAUGUCUUAUGACUUCUGCGAAUGGUCACCGAAUCCCCCUCGUUGAGAAAUUUAGCAUACUUAGUCGUGUUCUCAAUACAACAGCGCGAUUAAGACGUUUUCUGCCACGUUACAAGGGUCAGAGGUCGAAUAUUGUGACAGCAGAAAAAUACGAAUGGGCUCUGCUUCUAACUGUUAAACAAGCUCAAGGUAAGGCAUAUAGGCUAGAAAUUAAUGCUCUGAAAUCAAAUUCCAGAUUAGACAGUCGAAAUCACCUGUUAGCCCUAAAUCCAUAUGUGGAUCCUGAAGGCAUUUUGCGAGUCGGCGGGCGUCUCCGAAAUGCAGAAAUAUCUAACGAACAACGACAUCCAAUGAUCAUUCUCAAAGGAUCAUUUGUUAAUUCCCAUAGACGAUGUCUUCAUGGUGGCAUCCAACAAAUGUUACAGUACCUGCGACGACGGUUUUGGAUCAUUCACGCGCGCUCGCAAGUGAAGGCGUACAUAUGGAAAUGUACCGUGUGUCAGAGACAUCAACGAAUCCUCCAGAAUCAACAAAUGGCUUCGUUACCCCGUGAACGGAUACUUGCGGCUCCAGUUUUUUCAAACAGUGGCCUAGAUUAUUGUGGUCCGUUCCAUGUCCGCAUUGGUAGUAGAUGAUCAACUACAACAUCUAAGACAUAUGCUGAUAUAUUCGUCUGUAUGGUCUCACGCCCCCUGCGGGGAGGGGGAUUGAGAAUAUUCCCGCGGUAAGGCAUGCCUGUCGUAAAAGGCGACUAAAAUCCCAUUGUUCCCUGCGUGGUUGGGAAAAGAAUAUCGACGUGGUAAGGCAUGCCUGUCGUAAAAGGCGACUAAAAUCCAAAUGCACUAUGUCCGACAUUGACAGGUCAGAUUUUAUAAUGUCGGCAUGGUUAUGAGGUGUCAGAAAAGUGCUAUAUCGAAAUGAUUAUCAUAUUCUUUGAAUGGGUUUGCGAUUAUACAUAUAACAAACACAAAAAUGAAAUGACGAACAACAUUUCAUACAGCCGGGUCCUUAGGAAUUCCUAGGAAUUCUUAGGGUCCCCGACUGGCAGUAGAUCACAGGUAAAACUGUGGUCUACAGGUCAUACCAAAGACUAAAACAUGGUACCACGGGGAGCAGUAAUGCCCUUGGAGUUCGCUCCAAUCUGCUCAUUGGGUUCGGCCCUUUGGGGAGAUUCGUGGUGGCUGUGGUUUAAACCUAAAUGCAGGAAGGGCUUUUGUCCAAUGUGGAGUCGCACUGCGGCCGGGUGCCGGACCCAAAGUACGGCAGAGGUUUAGGUAGGCCUCGUACCCGACCAAGGUGGCUAGGGUGUUUUUCCUUUGGUUUUUACCCGAACCGAUUGGAACCAAAGUAUAGGUGUGGGGCGGCACUUUGCUCUGGUUUCCCAAGGUAUAGUGUCGUGCAUGCACUUAAGCUUUGGGGCGUUGAUCGGCGCAUUAUACUGAUCUACGUGUUUCUAGCAAUAGAAAACGCCGUGGAUUUAAGUCUACUAGUGGCAGGUAUUCACGUUAAAACACAUUGACAGUUGUAUGGUCUCACGAGCAGUCCAUAUAGAACUUGCUGUGGGUUUGAGUACGAGAUCCUUCAUAGACGUUUAUGACCGAUUUAUUAGUCGCCGCGGUAUUUGUGCCAAGCUCUUCAGCAACAACGGCACCUAGUUUGUAGGCGCUGGUAUAUAAAUGCGUUAAGAUGUGAAGGAAUGGGUAUCCUCAUACGCGCAACAGCACGUUGCUCAUUUUGGUACUCAAUGGAAGUUCAUUACCCCCGUUGCGCCACAUCAUGGUGGUAUCUGGGAAGCAGCGGUACGCUCGGCCAAGAAGCAUUUACUUCGCAUUAUGGGCCAACAGUCAUUGCGAUAUCAUGAGCUUCUAACGCUACUGACAAGGAUUGAUGCUUGUCUUAAUUCACGACCAAUUGUAGCCUUACAUGAUGACCCCGAGGGAGGACUAGCCUUAACGCCAGGUGAUUUCAUAAUUGGUCGACCAAUCAAUUGUCGUCCUGAGCCACCGCAACCAGAUAUACCGCACACCCGCCUCCAUUAUUGGCAGCGCUUGCAGGGAAUUUUCGAACAUUUUUGGAAACGUUGGCAAAAUGAGUAUCUAAAUUCGCUUCAGGCCCGUAGCAAUUGGAUGCGGCCUGAACCAAACCUCCGAAUAGACGAUGUCGUACUUAUUCGAAAUGAGAAUUUGCCACCCGCCUGUUGGCACAUGGGUCGUAUCACGGGCACCCAUCCUGGCAGCGAUGGUCUUGUCCGCGUCAUUACGAUAGAAUUCAAUGGAAAUCGGUUAACGAACGAACGCACAUACAUAUGUCCAACGCCACUAUCAACGUCCUAUACAAAAGGUGGUAAGACUAACUGGAGUACACGAAGAAAUUCUAAACCGCGAGGGUUCAGCCGGGGAGGAUGUUCAAGAUUAUCUAAGUUUGCUUACGCUACGCCUAUGGGACAAAUAUUGCCUGAUUGUAGCGUUAUUUCUUCUUAUUUUUUGUAUGUUAGCGACGCUGACUGCUGCCUGCAGUACAAAUGCACACCGCUAGCAUAUGCUCUAUUCCCGGAAUCCUAAUUGUUUGUACAUGUGAUUACUGAACAAGCAGGCAUAUAAUUGCCGCUUCUUGCGGAUUUCAGUUAAUGUUAAAAACAAAGUCGUGACGAUAGGUCAUAUCAAAAUUCAGUUCCUCUUGUUUGAUUUGGAAUCUUAUACAGUAUAAUAAGUUUUCUUUUUUCCCGUUUUGUUGUUAAUUCAUGUUAUCAAAUUUCUUUAACACUCCGUUUAUUUACUUUCCAAAGUUGUAUUACUUUCCAGUAACUAUGUGGUAUAUAUACAAUGUAGGCAUGCAAUUUAUGUAAAUAAAAUUUUUUGUUGUAAUCGCGGUUCGAGUAAAUGACGACGGAGAGUUGGAUAAAAUGGUAAAAGAGAGAAGAGAUUUGCAGGUAUUUAACUUCUGCACUCAACACACAUGUGUGACGGUAUGUAUACUCGUAUAUAUGUUUCUAUAUAUGACCCUAAUAAAUAUUGGUAAGAAAAUGUCUAAACCGUAUUAUUAGGUAAUUUCGAGUUAUGAUAAGUUGGUUUGCAUGUAGGUAUAUAUGUAUGUGUGUUUCAAUUUAAAAUUAUGUAUAUGUUCUGUAUAUAUGUUUUAUUUUAUUUCUCGUUUUGUACUUUUUACUAUGCUUUUUGCUUAUUAGUGCAACCCUGCUUGCUGCUUUAAAAGCAGAAGUGGUGCUGCCGGAAAAUAUUGCAGGUAGAGACUUGGAUGUUUUUGUAAUGUUUUAAUUUGUUUUGUGUGUUUAUGUUCACAAGGAGAAGCAUAUAUAGGCAAUUAGUAAUUUAAAUACAAGUAAAAUACAGCUUUAAUAUCGGUAUUUUGAUAUUAAAUUAUAGUAUCGGUUUAGAUGAACUGUUUAUAGUUAUAACAUAGUUAUAAUUGGCAAAACAGUUUUUUAAACAUAUACUUAGUACAUAUGUACAUGCAUAUAAGCGAUACACUUACCCUUUCUUGAAUCAAGGGAAUUUUGGGGGAGUGUGGCUUGCCCUAUCCCACUGCACUUAGUAUGCUGCUAUUUUCCUGUGUGCCUUUUGUAAGUGCUUUAGGGUCUGUUGUCUUUGUUUUUAUUAUCUUAUAGCAAUGUUGCCUUUUUGUUGGAGUCCGCGACCGAUGGUGUGACUUAAUUAGUUUGGCGCCCACUAAUGUUGUUGUUUUUCUUUUCGUUUAGUCUUCCUUUUUUAUGCCUUUUUGUUCGCUUCACUUUAUAGAUAUAUACAUAUAUGUGGUGUUUAUGUAUCCAAACUGUGUUGCACUCCACCAACACUGUAUAUUGCAAUUUUUUUAAUGUUCUCUAAUUUUUUCUAAUGUUUUCUAAUUUUUUUUCACUUGUAUAGAUUUAGGAAUAAUAAAAUAUUACUCACCAUACUUUUAUUAAUUAAAAUUUUUGAUUAUUAUAUUUUUUUUGUUUUUCUUUUUUAAGGUGCUUUUCUGUAGGCUCGAAGGACCAUGUUCUCGGAAACGGCGAACUCACCUUUUUUUUCUUUUUCUUCUUUUUACCGAAACUCACUUUUAUAAAAGAACUAGCUGAACCCACAUACGUUGUCCAGCGUGAAAUUAUGUGUUUUGAAAUUAAUAGAAAGUUGAAUUUACGUUGUGUUAAAAAUCUUUUAUUUUCGAUUUUUCUAAAUUUUUUUCAAUGUAACGCAGUUUGAUAAACAACAUUUUUUGGUUUCUAUUCCGGAGCGUAAAUGUACAGAGAAGAUGGUUUUCCCACUCGGGAACACGCCACGUAUAACUGGCACGCACUCAGGCAAUCGUAGUUACGAUAAUUGGCAAAUUUGGCAUAAACAAGCGUGAUGAGUUCAUAUUUCGUUGAAGUGAAUUGACAAAAGGCAGGUGAAAUUGAUAUCAAACCACUGAAACCGAAGUUUGGCAUGCGAAGUGGCUAUCGAAUCGUCUAUCGGUUGAUUCCAUUGAUUAUCAUGUUCCAGCAAUUGUAAUUGCUGGCUUACUUCUCCAAAACUUGCACACACUCUACCAUUAAUAGUGCAAAUGACUCAAAUGAAAUUGAACCACGUACAUUUAUCAAUAGCAACCGAAGGUAGAAACAAUCGUCGUUUUUCGGGUGGAUUGUGUAAAUUCGUCCUAAGGAAUUAGUUGAAAACACACCUGGAUGUCAAUCUACUGGUUGGCCUUGCUUUCUGCGUGACUAUUUCUUCGACGAUGCAUUCCAUGUAUAGUAUCAAGGCAUUUUCGAAUAGAGCAAUACUCUCGCAAACGAAUCACUGACGCAAGUUGAGAAAAAACUCGUCAAUGUCAAUGUUGUUGGAAGUGUUUCCGCUGGCUGUACUGUAUGGCCUGGGUUGAAAAACACUCUUUAGCCAUUUUCCAAAUGACCUGCGAGACGCACAACAGUCGGAAAACGUUCAUGAAUUGAAAAAGUAAAUACCCUACAAAGCGCUUUAUUGCAGUUCACAUAUCGACCGUAUCGUUCAAGACCAAUAACCGCCAUAUUGGUUCCUUUGGUGACGUACCUACGAACGUAUUUUAUAGAUUACACCAAACUGCAAUACUAAACAUUGCUAUGAGUUUUGAAUGUGAAUUAGACAACAGUGGAGAAUAUAGUACGAUCCAUAUGUUGUCAACUUCGAUAUUCACUACUCUCGUCUGAUGAGCUACGCCGACAGAUUGAAUAUCCAUAAUUUCCAUUGUGCGAUUCCGAAAGAAAAGCAACUGGAUAGUGUUUCGUGCAUUUAUUGUUAGAUAUACAAACCGAAGUGGGAUUGUGGUGUCCGCAAAGUCCAUGAACCAUAUUGGUUUUCAUCAUUUCGUUUAAUAUUGGAUCUAUCUAUGGAUCAGGAAUUUCCGCAGAAAUGAUAUCAUCAAUUUGAUCUGAUGUAACCACCAUCCACCAUCCUAAGAAGAACAUCGUAACUGUUGUUUGAAAAGUCGUGCUGUGACAACGUUACGAUCGCUUGCUGAUUGACACCGAUCCAUAAUUCCACACGUAUGUCGUCGCAUCCUGGGAGUACUCGUUCAUGUGCCUUGGCGUUGAUGGCAGAAAGAACACCGACCAAUAUUAGCGGGACCUCUUUGUGGCUUCGUAACAAAUUUCAAUCUGUUAUUGAUCACUUCGUUUGGAACACACAUAAAGUUUUCACUGAAUAAUUUUCAAUUUUUUUUUUUAAAUAGCCGGAAUAAAAGAGCAAGCGAACGAAAUUGAACGAUUCAAAUAAUUAACAAAUCAAAAUAUUGAAAAACAAAAGAAAAAAGAAUUGUAUGAAAAAAGUCAAUUUUUGGAAAUUUCCAAUUUUUCGACUUUUUCUUAUGAACGUUUUUUUUUUAUUUCUGAACAUUUCCAGAUCCACAGCGAACAACUUCUGAAAAUUACAUGAAGAUUAGUUUCGCCGUUCUCGAGCCUGAGCGUUACUAACAAACAAACAUUCAUUUUUACUUACAUAUGUUAUACAAAAUAAAACGUUUGUAUGGGAAAAAGAAAAGGACUGUUUUGGGGGUUUUUCCGGCAACUUUCUUAAUUUUUUUUACAUAAGAACCUUCUCCUAAUAAUAACAUUAGUGAAAUCGGUCCAGCCAUUCACGCGUGAUGCCGUGACAACGGAAAACGGGUUUCAUUUUUAUAUAUAUAGAUAGAUAUAUAUGUAUGUAGAUAACGCAAAGUACGGGUUUUCUUAAAUAUUCUUAUAUGUAUAUAUAUAUAAUAUUUCGUAUCAAAUAGAAAAGAUUUCAAAAUUAUAAAUUACACCAAUCGGCGGCGGAAUAAACUGAUUAUACUGGACGGGGGAUAAAACCGUGAUGCUGCCAAAAGCGUAUGCGCAAGCGCGUGGAGUCUUGACUCGUACGGAAAAAAAAGCGAAGUGAAGGCGGCUGGAGUUGUCCGUCCGUGAAGUGUCACAUUUGAUAUUGGUGUGAUGUGUAGUGAUGUGGAAGGUGAGUGGUGACUGUGGUGUGUUGUUCGUUUAUGAUGAUUUUGUCUGCCAAUGUGCGGAGUUUAAAUGUGGUGUAGCUGUGUUUAGAGGAGCCACCUUUGUCUUGGCUAUGUGCUAGUAGGUGACUGGUGGUCGCUGUGACGGAUUGUGAUUGCACAUAAAUGGUGGCACAAUAUGUCUCUUCAAAGUCGUCACAUAAGCCAUGUAGUUCGCCUUUGUGCUAUGGGCCAUAAUUUAUCCAUCGUGGGAUUUGUAUCUGUGAGAUAUCAUUCAGAUUGCUCGCGAACUGUGACUUUUCUAAACGAAGUGGUUUCAUUUGUUCAUCCCAGUCAGUUCCGUCUAGCCACAAUUCCUGUAUUAGAAUUUUUGCUUGUAUCAUAAUCGAGAGCCAUCCUGCGGGGUCGAAAAGUGUUGCCACCACGGAUAAAAUUUGGCUGUUUGUUAUGGCGGAUGGUGCGGAUAUUGACUCAGUAGUAAAAAGUGGUCAGAUAUCGCAUUCCAUUGUAUCCCCAAAGUUUUUGUUGUGCUUUCUUUUUCAAAUUUAAGGAAAUUGGUGUUUAAUAGAUUUUCUUUAGUUAUAUCCUUUAAAAUAUUAGGAUAGUUCGUCGUUAUCUUUUUUAACGUAAACCCUACUGUUUUGAGGGCUUGUGUCACUUGUGCUAGUGACUUCUUCUAACUCCCAAAAUUUUCUCAAUUGUGAAUUGAGGUAUUCGUUUGAGAUUUCCUAACUUGAGUUGUCAUUGUUGUGACUGGUUCCGCAACUAGUCCACUUAGGACCCAUCCGAAAAUGGUAUUUUGGCCAGAAGUGUUUUUGAAAUUUUUUCAACACCUUCUGGUAUAAUCGGUGGUAUGAGAUCAUAGCCUAAUAGAAGGUCUAUUUCAGCGGGGGUGUUGCACUUGGGAUCUGAUAACUUAAGGUGAGACACCGUUUCCAAAUGCUUGCUAUUUAUAUGAUAACUUGGAAGCAUGUUUGUUAGUUGCGAUAAGACUAUAGCUUCUGCUUGUAUUCUUAUAUCCGCUUGAGGGGAAAAUAGGGUAAUGGGGCAGAUAUUAUUAGAGUUCUGAACUACUCUUCCGCCUUUCCCGUAAUUUCAAAGUUGGCUUGUUUUGUUGGUAGCUUUAGCCUAUUUUGUGCUCUGAUCACUCCCCAUUUGCAAAUGCAAACACCUAACUGAAACUUUUCGUCCAAACGAGAAUAGUGAAAUCGCGUUCCUCAGUAGUAUUCAACAGGAUCAUGCAACAAUACCAGCAAUCACCAUUUGUGAACUUAAACGUGAAUUUGAAAAGCUUAAAGUUAAGAAAGCAGCUGGCUUCGAUUUAUUUACAGCUGAAGUGUUAAAGCAGUUACCAUACAAAUGUUUACGGAAGCUCACCUAUCUUUACAAUACAGCAAUCCGUCUGACACAUUUUCCAAGCCUUGGAAAGUUACCGAAGUUGUUAUGGUUCCUAACCCAGGAAAGGAUCCUCACGUAGUCUCCUCAUAUAGACCAAUUUCUCUACUUCCACAAAUUAUCUAAUUUUAGAAUCUAUAAUAUAAUCGACGAAAAGCAGUUAAUCUCAUCGCAUCAGUUCGGUUUUAGAAAUAUGCAUUCAACAAUAGAACAAAUUCACAGAAUAACAUCAGAAAUAGAAAAAUCCCUGGAGGAGGGAAACAUAUGCUCAGCUGUAUUCCUUGACGUUGCAAAAGCGUUUGACAAGGUAUGGCACGAAGGUCUUAUGCAAAAACUAGAAUCAUGUCUUCCGGUUGAGUAUUGUGCUCUUUUAGAAUCGUAUAUCACCAUGAGAUUUUUCCGUGUAAAACAAGGAAAUAAAUUCUCCAAACUUAAAGAAAUUGAAGCAGGAGUUCCUCAGGGAACUAUCUUAGCUCCACUUUUAUAUAUUCUGUAUACAAAAGACUUACCGUUAGUACCAAACAGUAUGACUGCCACUUUUGCUGAUGACACCGCAAUACUAUGCGUCGAAAAAACAGCAGAAAAAGCUGCGCUAAACCUGCAACAUGCGAUCAACUCUGUAGUAAGUUGGACUAAAAAAUGGAGAAUAAAACUAAACGGUGACAAAUAGGUUUAUGUAAAUUUUACAAACAAAAGACCACUUAUCAAUCUAUAAAUAUUCUAGAUGUCUGCAUACCAUACGCAAAUACAGCUAAAUAUCUUGGCAUCACGCUUGAUGCUAGAUUAUGUUGGAAAGAGCAUAUAAAAAUAAAAAGGAUUGUACUUAAUCUGAAAUUGUCAAAAAUGAAAUGGCUAAUUGGGCGAAGGUGAAACCUGUCCAUAUACGAGUACAACAAAUUACUUCUUUAUAAACAAAUAAUCAAGCCGGUAUGGUCAUGUGGUGCGCAACUGUACGGGUGUGCCAAUGAUGGCAGUAUUAAUAUUACUUAUACAACGUUUUCAAAACAAGGUGCUAAGAGGCAUUGUAAAUGCUCCCUGGUACUGCAGAAAAGCGGAUACUCAUCGAGACCUAAGGAUGAGUACAGUCGCAGAAGAAAUAAGGAGUCAGGCAGAUGCCCACUACAAAAGGCUUAAUGCACAUGUGAACGAGGAGGCGAGAAAUCUUCUUUUAGAUACAUGCCGCUCUAUUCGAUUAUGUCGAAAAAACCGCAUAGCUUAGUUGGAAGCUAAAAUAUAAAGGAUUAAUUACUUACCAUCUAUGUAUGAAUAUUACUAACGGGUGAUUUUUUUGAGGUUAGGAUUUUCAUGCAUUAGUAUUUGACAGAUCACGUGGGAUUUCAGACAUGGUGUCAAAGAGAAAGAUGCUCAGUAUGCUUUGACAUUUCAUCAUGAAUAGACUUACUAACGAGCAACGCUUGCAAAUCAUUGAAUUUUAUUACCAAAAUCAGUGUUCGGUUCGAAAUGUGUUUCGCGCUUUACGUCCGACAAAUUUUGUUCAGCGAUGAGGCUCAUUUCUGGUUGAAUGGCUACGUAAAUAAGCAAAAUUGCCGCAUUUGGGGUGAAGAGCAACCAGAAGCCGUUCAAGAACUGCCCAUGCAUCCCGAAAAAUGCACUGUUUGGUGUGGUUUGUACGCUGGUGGAAUCAUUGGACCGUAUUUUUUCAAAGAUGCUGUUGGACGCAACGUUACGGUGAAUGGCGAUCGCUAUCGUUCGAUGCUAACAAACUUUUUGUUGCCAAAAAUGGAAGAACUGAACUUGGUUGACAUGUGGUUUCAACAAGAUGGCGCUACAUGCCACACAGCUCGCGAUUCUAUGGCCAUUUUGAGGGAAAACUUCGGACAACAAUUCAUCUCAAGAAAUGGACCCGUAAGUUGGCCACCAAGAUCAUGCGAUUUAACGCCUUUAGACUAUUUUUUGUGGGGCUACGUCAAGUCUAAAGUCUACAGAAAUAAGCCUGCAACUAUUCCAGCUUUGGAAGACAACAUUUCCGAAGAAAUUCGGGCUAUUCCGGCCGAAAUGCUCGAAAAAGUUGCCCAAAAUUGGACUUUCCGAAUGGACCACCUAAGACGCAGCCGCGGUCAACAUUUAAAUGAAAUUAUCUUCAAAAAGUAAAUGUCAUGAACCAAUCUAACGUUUCAAAUAAAGAACCGAUGAGAUUUUGCAAAUUUUAUGCGUUUUUUUUUUUAAAAAAGUUAUCAAGCUCUUAAAAAAUCACCCUUUACUUUGAUUUUCGCUGUGUAGUGUUUGUGUUUUUAAUGUGGUUGAGCAGCAUGGGGCGUCUUGGCAAUUUUGUGGAUUUGGCACUUCGGAAUUUGUUAUUGCAACUUAGCCCGUGGCUCUUUUGACUGUUUGGGGGUGAGCUGGAAAUGUUGUUUGUGACAAUAAACGCAAUUAAAUUUGCUUUCACAAACUUUAAGCAUGUGAGCAUGUGAUAUGCAGUUUGUGCACAGUCUUUUUGACUUUACAAAAUUAUUUCGGUCAAUGAUAUUUAAUUUUUUAAAUUGUUCUCAGGCUUUAAGUUUAUGACCCCUUUUGCAUAGUUCGCAUGACGUUUGUUUGUAUUGUUAGGAUGUGAACGUUUUAUAUUUAAAGAAGCUGCUAAUUUUUUUUUCUACCAUUUCGGCGAUUUCGUAUUGGGUAGUGAGAAACUGUUUCAUUUUUUGCCAUGAGGGGAAUUUUUUUCUUGAUGAGAGCGAUUGCUUCCACAACAAUAACUACUUUUUUGGUAAUGCCGCUGUGCAUAUGUUUAUCAGUAUAGGGUCCCAGUUAUCUGUGGCAAUGUUUUGUGUCGAUAAAACCAACAAACAGUUGGAAACAAUGGAUUGAAGUUUGAUCAAUUAUUCACUUGUUUCCUUUCUCCUCUUAAUUCAUGUAAACCAUACUGUACCAACAAUGUGCCAUAUUCAGAUGAAGUAGCGCAGAUGGUACAAAAUAAAAGACGACUUCGAAGAAUCUGGCAGAAUAGCAUAAAUCCGGUUGACAAAACCAGGCUAAACAAAGCAAUUAAAAAAUUAAAAUCCAAGUUGGCAGAGAUGAAAGAAGAAUCUAUUGCAGAAUUUCUUAAGAAUGCUGAUCCAAAUAAAAACGACGAAUACAAUCUGUGGAAAGCUACUAAAUACCUGAAACGUCCUCCGAAGCGACAGGUACCGAUAAAAGAUGAAAACAACUCUUGGCGUAGAUCUGACAAAAGAAAAGCCGACGCUUUUGGCAACCACCUUGCGAAUACUUUCAAGCCUUUUGCUCUCAAUACUGACCAAGUUCAGACUUUUCUUGAGAGUUCAUGUCAAAUGGAUAAACCAAUACAUUACGUAAAACUGACUGCAGUACAAUCAGAAGUGUCACAGUAUAAAAUUUCCAAAUCGCCUGGCCCAAAUAAUAUGCAUGAGGGGUUGUUACAUACCAGCUCCAUUCUAUCUAUUUCUUCGGUCAUACCUAUGUAGAUUGCAGACAACAUUAAUUAAUGAUGACACUUCCGACAUAUACGAAGUCAAAGCAGGUGUUCCGCAAGGGAGCGUGCUUGGCCCAACACUGUACACGAUUUUCACUGCCGACAUGCCAAUAAUAAACGACGAAAAUAUAACUGUUGCCACAUAUGCGGACGACACCGCCAUUCUUGCAUCUGCUUACUCUGCAUACGAAGCAUCUGAGACUGUUCAAAAACAACUGAACGCAGUUGAAUCCGGGCUUCGAAAUUGGAACAUUAUGGUAAAUGAAAGAAAAUUAUCGCAUGUUACCUUCACCAUGAAAGCAGGAGAUUGCCCCAGCGUCAAUCUCAAUCAAACAAUUAUUCCAGAAUGCACUAGCACUAAGUACCUCGGGAUGAACUUAGACAGAAGAUAUAAAAUAAAUAAGGUGAUCCGAUAUAAAAGCAUUUUAAAACCGAUUUGGGCAUAUGGAAUACAAAGCUGGGGAACUGCAAGUAAAUCGAACGAAGAACUAAUACAAAGAUAUCAGUCGAAAACACUCAGGUUGAUUGCAAACGCUCCAUGGUACAUAAAAAAUAUUAACUUACACAAAGAUCUUGAAAUAAAUAUGGUGAGGAGUGAGAUUCAGAAACUCAGUUCAAGAUAUCUUAAUCGCCUAAGCUGUCACCCCAACAUAACGUCAACAUUAACCUAGUGGACAAGAGUGAAACUACUCGCCGACUGCAAAGGCUACAUCUCUUACACUUGCCAUUUAGAUCUUAAGUUUAACUGAAUUAAUUAAAUUGUAAAGUCUAUAUAUUACUAAAUUAAGUGAAUUGUGAUAUACUUAUAGUACAAAUCUUAUACUUCAAAUGCCUUUAUGUAUUUAGGGGACAAAUUGCAUUUUUAGCAGCAAAGUGAAUCUUAGAUAUAAUAACAUUUGCUUAUUGUCACACGACAGAUUGUAAAUAAAAUGAAAUAAUAAAAAAAUAUCGUAAUUUGCUUAUCUACCAAUACUCGUUCGUUUUCGUAUCUUGACUUUAGGGCUUCCCAAGUCAAAUUGAAAUGAUCGUCAUUAAGAGCGAGCUGUUUUACUAUUACGCCUGCUUGUCCUAUAGUUUUGUAUCUGAGAUGAUACAGUUCUUGCGCUUGUGAUAAUUUUUGAUGGUUUAUGUACACGGCUGUAAACAUG